CCGUCGCAACCCAAGCACCAAAGAGGAAGAGCUGCAUUUUGUCUGGGAUGGAAACAAACAAGCAGCAUCUGUCGCAGUGUGACACGCGAUGCUAAAACAGCGCUGAGGGGUUUGGUCGGAUCACCAUGGCAGCGCUCCGAAGACUCACCUUUCAUUAACGACAGUUGAAGAGAUACACGGGCCACACUUCCGGUGAUGGAGUUCCCCCAGCAUUCCCAGCAGCUCCUGACCGCGCUGCGUUCCCAGCGUCAGCGAGGCUUCCUCUGUGACUGCACUGUCCUGGUGGGAUCAUCCCGUUUCAUGGCUCAUCGUGCUGUCUUGGCCUCCUGCUCGCCUUUCUUUCACAUGUUUUACUCGGAUUCCCCAGGGAGCAAUGGUGAAAACAAAUCGACCUGCUCUGUCACACUCGACAGUGACAUUGUCACGGCUGCUGCUUUUGGCUUGCUCUUGGACUUUGUUUAUGAAGGUGUACUGCAGCUGGAGGAGGCUCCACCAGUGGAGGACAUAUUGGCGGCUGCGAGCUUUCUGCACAUGAAUGAGGUGGUGAGAGUUUGCAAAAGACGACUGCAGAGACGAGGCCCUCUGGCUGAGGCCGACAGCACUCGCUCCGAGGAGAGUGCCGGUGUGAGGAAGGCAAUAGAGAUGGGAAGAGAGAGUGAUGGUGGUGGAGCUGAACCUGUUGUGGCCAUGGCAGGAGAUCACUUGAAUUCAGUUGCAGCGGCAGUGCGACUCUCACCAGUGGUGGUGGAGAGGCAGUUGGAGUCUGUCAAGUCUGAGCGGAGGACUAGUGGGGGGUCAUCAGAGGCACGGAUUCACACUCUUCUGAGCCCAGAUCUUGCUGAUACCACUCAGCCAGGUAUGGAUUCCCCUCCUUUCCCCCCAGGCAGAGAGUUCGUGCAGGGCCUCACCACUGGUCAAUCUGUCCCUGCCUCUGGAGGUCACACAAAGCUGGGAGUUGGAGGUCGGGGGGAGGGGUCAGCACUCAGCAGUCCCUGCAGCACCACAGAGAUGUACAGCAGCAACCAGCUGCCCUCUUCCUCGUCUUCUUCCUCCCUGAUCCCAGUGAGUGUGGCUGGUGGGCGGUCAGGAGUUGCUCUGUCAGAAUCCAGUUUCUCUCCAAGCCUUCAUCAGGACGUACCACGAUUACCCCGUCACAAUGAUGUUCGGAAACGCCUAGAGACUGACCACAGAGGUACAUCAGACGGAGGACAACAGAUGGUCAUGUUAAUCCACGCGUCAGCACCCAACUCACACCUACAAUCCAAUCCGGCACCAUCACCAAUCCAGCGUGCACCUCCCCAAAUUCGAAUCCAGAACACCUUGUCACUCCAAAGCCAAAGCUCAGACUUUCACAUUCACUGUCAGCCACCAAACCUUGGGAGACCUGAGGGGGAUACCGGAGCUUCACCCACCACAAGAAAUGUGGGCGGUGUGCGUACAGACAGCAGUAAUGAGAAGAAUGUGACAGUCAAAGUGGAGGCCAUUGUUAUAUCUGAUGAAGAGCUGGAGGAGGAGAACAGAGAGAGAGAACCAGUGAUGGAACUGGACAAUGACUUUGAAGACGACCUCCAGGAAGAGGAGCUGAACAGUCCUCAGUUUCUCCACUCCCACCCGCAGGCCCUACUACAGAUGACAUCCCAUUCAAAUGACUACUCCUUCCCCCUCUCUCCCUCCUCUUCCUCUUCAGGUGCCGGCCCUUCCUUGCAGGAACCCUCCUCUUUUGCUGCCUCCCUCAUUACUCCGUCCACAGCUCAGCAGCAUUUAGAGACUCCAACGUACUACCAGGACUCUAUGGGUAACUUCAUGGAGGACGUCCCCACUUGUGGCGUCUGUGGAAAGACAUUCUCAUGCACUUACACACUAAGGCGUCACGCCAUUGUGCACACACGCGAGCGCCCUUAUGAGUGCCGCUACUGCUAUCGGAGCUACACACAGUCCGGCGACCUUUACAGACAUAUUCGCAAAGCUCAUGACCAAACGCUGCCGGCCAAACGCAGCAAGGCAGACAUGGAGCUCUCCCCACAACCACCUCCGGAUCUCAGUUAACACACAAUAUUAAUAUACACACACACAAAAAUUGUAUCUGAUAUACUGACUGUAAUAAUACCUCCACCCUAAAUGAAGUGGGGAUGCAGUUAGCAAUGACUUUUUCAUUCAAUUGAUGAAUUGUGUCGACUUAAAAAUGUUACAAAAUGGUGAAAAUCUCCUUUACAAUGUCCCAAUGCCCAAAAUGGUUUCUUCAAAUGUUAAUUUCUUAUUUUAUCCGACCAAAAGUUAAAACUGAAACACCAAUCUACAAUAAUCUAAAUAUUCACGUUUGAGAGGCUUAAUUGAGUAAUUUUUUCGCCGUAUUAAGUAACAGCCAAUCUGCUUUCAAAGUAUUACAUUUCUGAAAUAAAUACUGAGAAAGCCUUUUUUUAAAUAUAAACACUAAUCUGUUUAUCUAGAUAUGUGCAUUAUUUACCUUCUUUCAUACUUAACAAUACAUUUUAACAUUUGACACUUCCCCAAAAGGACAAGGCAAAUCUAUGAUAGAUUUUUUUUUAUUAAUUUAACAACAUUUUAAAUCAAAUUACUAAAGAAGCACUCUUCCCUCUUGACAGGUCACUCUGAGGAAGGCUGUUUUAGUCAGGGUAAAAAGGGUGCUGUUUUUAAAUUAUCCAUGUGGUAUUUUCACCAAAAUAUGUGACACACAUUUCAUUAAGACCCCAAGGAACCAUAUCAACUUGUGGUAAAAUGGGCAUAAUAUGUCCCCUUUUAAAGUAACACUUUUUAACUUUUAUUGAGAAGGAGCGCCCUCUGCAGCAGAACAUGGUGAUUAAUUCUAUUUGACUUUAUGUCCAGGCAAUUAAUGGGUUAACAGUAGGAGAAACAACUAAGUCUAUCUAUGUGUUGCACAGUCCCACUCACCCAAACUGAGGGGUGGAUAUAAUCCCAUGAUCUCUGGCUUCCUGAAACAGAGGCUACUCUCUGUUCACUCUGUUCAAUUCUUCAUAUUUCAAGUUUUAAUGACUGACAAGUCUAUUUAACUUAUCUACAGUUAAGCAUAACUUUUUCACUGGCUGUGUCUGAUGAUUGAAGCCGGUCAGUUACACACUUCUCAACAAUCGUAUCCGGUUACCAAAAUUACAUAGAGGUGAUACAGACUUUCAGGAUAAGGAAUGGAAACCAAAGCUGCAUCAGUCUCCUUAAUUCAGUCAGUGAACCAUUGGAACUCAAUUCGAAGCUGCUAUUUUAAGGUUAAAAAGUUGCUUAGUGUUGCUUGAAUUGAUCAAAUUGCCUUUCCAGUGUGACUGUGUGCCAGCAGAAAUCGACCCAUGUCCUCCCAUGAUGCACUGUUUGUUGUUUUAUUAACAGGAUGAAACGAUCUGUCCUUUAUGUGGCAGCACAUAUCUUCAGAAAGUAUGUAAUCAGAAUCUGAUCUUGAUAGCUGCUCCACAACUUCUCUGCUCUAAAGUUAUAUAAACGACAAUUAAUAAACUGUAAAUUCUCUCAGCACUGUGCCUUAUGAUGUCCUGCCUUGCAAUUUCUCUAUCACAUGUUUCAUAGACUCAUGAAUUUUCCCAUCAGCAUCUAAUAAAAGUUGUUAGAAAUGGAAAAUAAGUUCGAUUCAAUGAGCCUACAUUACCUGGUAGGAUUGUAGAGUGGGGGUGAGGCAGCAGUGAAUACCUUUUGUGUUUAUCUUUGCUUAUUCUGUAUUUUCUCCUGUCGUAGCAAACUGCAUAUACAGUGUGAACACAUAUGCCUCCUGUCUUGUUGAAAUUUUUAACUGUAUAUGUGCCUCAAUGACUGUUUGACACUGUGGAAUUUGUUCUUCUGCACCAUUUCACCUGUUUUUGGAGCUGUUUUAAUGAAAUGUCAUUAGUAUUGGUAUUGCCACAGAAACCUAAGAAUCAUAAAGGAAAGUUGAAUCAGUUAUUUCGAGUUUUAUAGUAGCAAGUGUGGAAAAUCUAAAUGUUAUCUUGUGAAUAAACUCUGUUUAGAAUAAA